UCUCGAUAUCAGCUUAAGCUGCGGCAAUAACCUCCACACUUCAAGACACGAAACGAUGCAUAAAUGAGAGGACACACUUAUCUGUUUCCAGUGUGCGCCUAGGUAUCAUGGCGAGGAAGUAUCCCCGCCUCAACUUCGCGGUUAUCCUCUGCUGCAUCGCAGUCCUCCUCAGCCUUUGCACCAUAGUUGACGCAGCUUCCGCCACAUCCUUCUGUAAAUGCACAUGCUUCUCGAAUAGCACAAUCAUCGCUCUCGACGGCUCGAAGCCCUCCACCACCGCUCGAUCCGGUCCGCUUUCUCUCGCUCGCGACCCGAAGAAAGGGUCGGGGACAUGCUCGAGCUGCAACAAGAAGUUCUGCCUGGAUUAUAAUCUACCGAUAUGCAAGGACGCGACGGAGGAUGAUGUCGUCACGACAUGUUUCCAACGAGACUCGGCCAAGGACCAGGCGGUGGUCUUACUGUUUAUCAUUGUGACGGUUGGGCUUCUGGGAUAUGCGGCAGUGCGGCCAUGGGUCGACAAAUGGACGGAGACUGCACGGGAGAGGCGUAAUUACAUUCCAGUAUCUAGCCGGAGCGAUCAAUGAUAUAUGUUACACGUCGGCGCCAACUGAAGUCCCUCUAUCUCCUCGGUCC